AUGCUCAAACUUGGUUUUACCAUGGAAGAAUUGAUGUUUCCAGAAAACUAUCAAUCUAAUUUUCUUUUUAAUAUUGAAUCCAAUUGUUUGUUAGAUAGACUUAUUAAAAUGUCACCUGUAUAUGAUUAUCAAGAACCGAUAACUAUAGAUGAUGAUGAUGAUGAUGAUGAUUGGUUCACGAUUAAACAACUUAAUCCUGAAACUUUGUCAAAUAAUAAUACUAUGAGUCUCAUAAAUGAUCAAACAUUACCCGUAUUCGAUAUUUUCUCGGAUAAUUCUUAUCUCAGUCAAGUAAAAUCAAUGGUUGAACUUGAUAGUACUAUUACUGCUUUACUUUUACCUAACCUUUCUGAUCAUAGAUCAAUUCAAGUUGCUCAUGAUAAAAACAAUACUUCAUUAACAUCAGACGCAGUUCCAAUCAUCUCUUCUCCAUCUCCUGGUGAUCAACGAUUAUUGACAACAACAACAGCAACUACUACUACAAUUACUCAACAAAAACCACAACAACGAUCGAAUAAACAUAUGAUGUCUAAAUCAACUUCAUCGUUAUCUUUUUGUACACAUUCAUCAACAUCAAUAACGAAUAGCAGUGCUGAUGAAAUGAAUUCAAAUUCAAACGAUUUAAAUGACAUAACAAGCAUACAUCAUUCUACUGAAUCUGUGCAACAACUUUCUUAUUAUCAUAAAAAUAAUAAAAGUACAAGUGACGAUUCAUUAAAUAUUGGUAAUAGACGUCGUCGUAAAAGAACUAUCUUCAGUGCAGCUGAUAUUGAACAUCUUAAAGAAGCAUUUAUUCAAAAUCCUAAACCAAGUCAACAAGAUAUUGCUAUUUUAUCCGAACAAUUAGGUCAUGAUUCUUAUGUGAUUCGUGUAUGGUUUUACAAUAAGCGUCAAGCAACAAAAAAACGGAACGAAUAA